AUGGCAGAAUAUAAUUUAAAAGCGUGGGCGCUCUGCCUGCUUCGCAAAUCCAACAUGAUAUCUAAGGAAGGUGUGUUUCAUUUGGACGUCGCGCUUGCCGGAAUUCCAGAUAAGGAGAGAAUCGCCGUUGAAAAAAAAAUCGACGAAUGUCUAUAUGUAAAGGAGCGUAAACCUGAAGAAAUAGCUUGGCAUUUUCUCAAAUGUUACCAUCAGGACAACCCAAAACAUUCUUACAUUUCAGAAAAUACAAUAACAUUGGCCAGCUCAAAGCAUUUAAUGGAAGAUGAUCAUUCUCAACCAUCAACAUCAAAAAUUUCAGAAGAUCACGAUGAUGGUUCUUUUGUAACCACAUUGACUAGUAUUAUGGACACGAAGAUUAGAAAUGAGUCUUUACUGAGCAGUUCAAUAAAAGAUGCAUUUGAUCGAGUUUCAUCUAAUAAAGAUAAAGAAAUAAAUAGUUAA